UUAAGCUACAGACUGCUGCAGUCAGAGAGAGCAAACCAGGUCAUGAUCAACAAACAGCUGCUCUCAGGAGGACCGGUCACCCCUGAACGCAUAGAGACAACCUCCCUGGCUCUGAAUUAAAGUUAUUCUUCCCAGAAUGGAGAAGAUGGUGAUGAAGAUGCUGAUUGUGUUUGCUCUUGGAAUGAACUACUGGUCUUGUGCAGGUUUCCCCGUGUACGACUACGACCAGUCCUCCUUGACAGAAGCCCUCAGCGCCUCUGUGGCGAAAGUGAAUUCCCGGUCCUUGAGUCCAUAUCUGUUUCGGGCGUUCAGAAGCUCAAUGAAAAGAGUCAACGUCCUGGAUGAGGACAGCUUGAGCAUGGAUAUAGAGUUCAGCAUUCGAGAGACGACGUGCAGGAGGGAUUCUGGAGAAGAUCCUGCUACCUGUGACUUCCAAAGGGGCUACUAUGUGCCGGCAGCCGUUUGCAGAAGCACCGUGCGGGUGGCUGCCCAGCAGGUGCAGGACGUGUGGGUUCGCUGCCGCUGGUCCUCCAGCUCCGAGUCUAGCAGCAGCGAAGAGAUGAUUUUUGGGGACAUAUUGGGGUCGUCCUCUAGAUGGAGAAACAAUUAUCGACUUGAUAUCAUGAGAAGGAUCUUUCCUCCUGGAAAUAGAAGGUACCGAACCAAUGGGACAGAGUAAGAAUAAAUACUGGCUUCGAGUGACAGCCUUGAGGUAAGGGAACACAGGUAAAAGCAUGUGUAUUUAGAAAUAGAAGCUACUU